AUGGUGAACGAUGAAGGAAAGUUCACAGAAAAAAAAACUUCGAGACUCUGUAGUAAUAAAAAGUCUCACGAAUUUUAUCAUCGGGAAAAAGUUAAAGUAGUUGAUUAUAUUGGCAUCAAAGAUUCUCAUCUUCGUUCCAUUUUAUGUCCUCGAGCUACAGAUUUAUUCGCCCAUUCAUUUCAUCUAAUUAACUCAAUUGGUCUUGAUAAGUUUUAUCAGAUGGAUAGAAAAUCCUAA